UAGAGUUUUCUCCUCUAUAUGACUAUCGCCGAAGUCGUCUGGAGUAAGGCCCGCAGCCACCAAUUAUCAAUGCAUUAGAUAAGCAUAUACGUGAGUUUGAACUCGUGGUUAUCUGGAUCAUACAAGCCCCUGACUGGGUAAGGAUGGAAUUUCCGGGUCGUUCGUAAUCAGCCGCAACGGCUUUCGUCUGUCGGGUAAUAACGAAAAUGCGUUGUGAAGGUUUCUAGACCUGCCAGUCUGCGAAAUCCCACGACCCUUCUCCAACUACCCAUUUAGCCGGGUCGGUCGAGACCGCAAUCAUAGUUAUAUAUUCUAUCAGAUUGGGCAUGCCGCUAUCAUCUACUCCGCAUCAAAAGCGACGAUGACGUGGGGUUGAGCUUCUCCAAUAGAGGUGCUUGUCUGGGGGGCUAUUCGUGUCGUUAGUGUAUAAAGAGGUACUUCUCGCCUCAUGUUCGCAGCCAUCGUCCAAUAUGCCCGAUAUGUAAUUAGUUCAGAGGUAAAGUACUCGGACACAGAUCAAAUUAUCUAGUAUGGUCAGACAAGUUCUUGCUUUGGGGCUGCUUGGCCUCACGGGGGUCGCCGCGCAGACAACUGCUAGCUAUGACUACAUCGUCGUGGGAUCAGGCCCCGGUGGCGCGCCACUUGCAGCCAAUCUUGCGAGAGCAGGAUACCCGACAUUGCUCUUGGAAGCGGGCGACGACUUAGGCAAUAACAAGAAUUACUCGGAGAUGAUCAACUUCAAUCUUGCGGCGAACGACGAGAAAUCGCGAUGGGACUUCUUCGUUAAGCACUCUUCGGAUGAGGAGCGAGAGGGAAAAUAUGAGCACACAACAUGGCGUAGCCCGGACGGCUCCUUUUACGUCGGUUUAGACCCCCCGGAAGGAUCUGAACGACUUGGAAUCUAUUACCCUCGAUCUGCUACUCUUGGGGGUUGUGCAAUGCACAACGGCGGUGUAUGCAACCUACCCUCCGAUGAUGACUGGAACGCGAUAGCCGAGAGCACUGGGGACGAGACGUGGUUAGCGAAGAAUAUGAGACAGUACUUUGAGAGAAUAGAGACGGCUCAAUCUGUACCGGCUGGAACUCCUGGACAUGGAUACAGCGGAUAUCUCAACGUAACAAUUAGCGAUCCUGCUUUCAUGCAACAAUCGUCUGACAUACAGGAAAUCGCAAAAGGCAUCAUCAGCGUGGUUGGUGGCGAGGUAACACGAGAUAUCAACGCCCCUGAUCCGGACCGAGAUCAAUCUACAGGGGUCUUUGGGCUUGCUAGCCAUGCAGACCCUAAUGGGCACCGUGUUGGGACAAACACAUACAUCCGGGCAACCUUAGAUGACCCAGCAAAGUUUCCUCUGACCGUCCAGCUUCAGAGUCUCGUGACAAAGGUGCUCUUUUCUGAAGACGCCGAAGAGCCCACCGCAGUCGGAGUGGAGGUUCUCCGUGGCCCUUCCCUGUACAAGGCUGACCCACGCUAUAACGGUACCAAGGGAGAGGCUGUCCAAUUGUUUGCUAAUAAGGAAAUUAUCAUUGCGGGUGGAGCGUUCAACUCGCCGCAAAUCCUCAAACUCAGCGGCAUCGGCCCCGCUGAAGAGCUCAUGAAAUUUAAUAUACCCGUUGUCAAGGACCUCCCCGGCGUUGGCGAAAAAUUAUCUGACAACUAUGAGGGGGGUGUGCUUGCACUGACCAGCAAGCCACUGAACGGAUCUUCGGGCCCGUUCGCAGUGCUGCUCAAGACACCCACGGCUCGCAAGAAUCGCAAUAUUUACGGCUGGUGCAAAUCCUUCUCGUUCGAAGGGUUUUGGCCCGGAUUUCCAACCGAGUAUGGUCCUUCGGAAUACGAGUGUGCGUUUGUGCACAUGAACCCUCGUUCACAGACAGGCUACGUCCACUUGCGCUCUAACGAUCCACAAGAGCCACCGGAGAUCAACUUCAACUUCUUUGAACACGGCGAGGACGAAGAUUUGACGGAGAUGCUAGACGCGGCUAAGAUAUUCCGCAAAGCCAUCACGGCUGUGGGCGAGCCCAUCGGUCCCUUCGAUGAAAAGCAUCCGUGCCCAGGAAAGAACCAAAACUGCACAGACGCGGCGCAGAAGGAGUUCUUGAAGUUGCAGACAUACUCGCACCACGCCACGAGCACCUGUGGUAUAGGACCCGCCGAUGACAAAUUGGCGGUCCUAGACUCGAAAUUCCGGGUUCACGGUGUAAAGAGAUUGCGUGUGGUCGACGCAUCUGCAUUCCCCUCGGUGCCCGGCGCGUUUCCGGUUUGCCCUAUCUUCAUGCUCGCGGAGAAAGCGACGGACGAGAUAUUGAAGGAUGCUAAAUCUGCUUUUUCCGCAUAGAAAUCACUAACGAGGAGUAUAUAUACGGAAUGUUUAGAGAUAGAAUAGAAAAGCGUGCAUAGUAUAAAUAAACAACUGUUGUGAGAGAUUUAAUUAGAGUCGAUAAUGGUCUUUGAUAU